CGUGCGAACGUGGACUGCGGCCAAGGGAUGUCUUGCCCGUUUUGUGGCAAACAAAUGAACACCUUAACACGGUUUUGCCAUACGUGUGGUCGGUGUUUGGAAUUUUCAAAAGACGCGGAACAGACGGAAACAUUGGCAACACAGGGGACGUCUCGACAGCCGGACACUGCUAUGCAAACAGAACAACCAUGCACAUCAUUCAAACAGUUCAUGGAGUACAGAAGCUUGAAGUCAAAAGAACGACAGUCUUUUAACUUUGGGCCAAAAGGAAGACGUAUGUCUAAAGAAAGAAAACACGUCCAGAUAAACGUAGGAUUGAUGGUGCCAAAUGGAACUGAUUUAAAACCUCUAAGAGGGAAAACACUACCGUUAUUUACAGACCCAGAGGUAGCAGCACCUGAUCUCCUGAAAAAAGCUGUCCAGAAAAUGAGAACAUUUAACAAGGACAUGCAGGAAGGACCAUAUGUCCUUUUGUAUCCAGACUGCUCAGAGGUGGUCCAUGUGCCUGGGUCAGAAAGGCCAUUCAAAUUGGCAGAAUAUAAAAAGGAAAUAGGAAAGGCAUUUUCCAGGAUCACUUUUUUCAUUUGCCUAGAAAAACACUAUAAAAGAGUGGAUGAUACCUCAGACUCUGAUUCUGAAAUUGUCAUCACAACAAGGAGCAGAGCUGAAUUCAAUCGUGCUGAAACUUUGAUUUUUGAACCACAAAAUCUAAGUACUCCCAAACACAAGCUGGAAGAUGAAAGAGAUGCACCAGGACAAUCAACAAUUCAGCCAGGACAGAUAGUAAUAUCUGAUCCUGAGGAUCUGGAUCCACCUGAAACAAAUCCAGAAAAAACAUCUUGCUACAGUAAAUACACAGACCUGUAUUCACCAAAUGUUGAGCAAGAGGACGAACAGCCGGUUGCUGUCAAUGUGAAGAAUUUCCAACACACAGCAACGGAGGAGACGGACAUUGCUUUACCUGACAUCGUAGCAAACCUGUCGCUCCCUAUUGAUCAUAAAAAAGUCAGCAGGUUUAACAUUUCAAGGGCUAAUGUUUGGGAUGGGGCCGUCAGAGGUUUCAAGCAUACAACAUACUCUGAAACCUGUGACAUGCUGGUGAAAUUUACUGACGAUACUGGUGUUCUGGAAGAGGGAAUUGACACUGGUGGGCCAAGACGAGAGUUUAACUCUACUAAUGAAACACCUAAAAGACCGGCCCAUUUUUGAUGGACCAGAAGGACAUUGGUUCUUGGUCUACAAUGCAAGAUUUGUACCUUUGUGUAUUUCAACGGAUAUGUGAUGUCACUUCAUUCUGUAUCUGUGCCUUCAUUAGGUCUGCACACCUUAUAGAUUAAGAUAAAAUAUAUAUAAAUCCUUUUCGUCAUCAAUCUACACUCAAUACAUCAUAAUGACAAAGCAAAAACAGAAAUUAGAUCUCAGGUUUCUCCUCCUGACUCUUCCAUAGAGGAAAAUCAGUCCAGUUACCCCUUAAUUAAAGUGAUCCAUCCACCUCUGCUACACAUCUGGCAGCAGAGUGAUGGUUUGAGGCUCACUUGAUCCAUCAAACCCUUGAUGACUUGCUGCUGUUCAUCCAACCACCUGCUCCAUACUGUAGCAGUGUCAUUUACAUCUGGAUAUAUUUCUGCCCUCAGUUCUCAUAGAGAUCCUGAUAUGCAGAGAGGUUAUAGUAUCUCUUGUAAAUGUCCCUGAAAGUCAGAUAUAAAGAGUGUGGUGAUGUUGUGUGUAAAGCCUGUAGCUUCAUACAUGAGGAAUCCAGGCUGGACUUACUUCCAAAGGUGCUUAAACAGUUUACUGAGAAAAUGGUUAAUUAACUUGUGCGAAUGUGAUAUUCCAGUUUUUAAUUUUUAUUAAAUUACAAUUUCUAAAAACUAGUUUUUGCUUUGUCAUUAUGUAUUGUGUGUAGGCUGAUGAGGAAAAAGAUGAAUAUUACCAUUUUAAAUUGAAUCUAUAAUGAAACAGUUGUGAAAAAGUGCAAUAGGUGUGUAGACUUUCUGAAGGCAUUGUAGUGCUCAAGCCACCCAGCAGUCUGUGUCAUUCCAGUCUUGUUUUUAUGGGUUAUACUUGUAACAAUUAACGUUUCUUGUGAAAAUGCAAAAAUAGGGUUUUUAAAAUCAAUUUUCAACUAUGUUUAUUAAGGUGGAUAGUAAUUGUAGAGAAGAGAAUAUUCAAUAGUUUUCUUUAGAUAAUUUAAAUUUCAAUUAGCACUACAAAGCAUUGGAACAAUGUUUGUGUUCACACUGUAGAUUCAGAGAUGGUCUUUCAACCCUGGAGUUUUUGACUGCACUACAGCAACACCCUACUUUGCUGGCCCCUGUCCUGUGCCACUCUGAAAGGCGACUCACUGCUUUUGAACUUGAGAGACUCUUCAAACCUGACCUCAGUCCUUUGGGGAGUAAUCGAAGACUUAAAGAAAGUCAAACCAUGGCCUACUGGGCAGACUAUCUCCUUGACUGUGAAGAAGGCCAGGCUGCUGUGUCUGUGGAAGAUGUUUUGAUGUUUGCUACUGGGCUGUCUUCACUUCCCCCAUCUGGCUUGGAACCACUGCCAAAAAUAGAGUUCCUGGAUGACUCUGCGUUCCCAAUGGCAAAUACAUGUUCAAACUCCUUGAGAUUACCACUCCUAGACUCAUACACUUUGUUUAAGUCACAAAUGGACUUUGGAAUACCAAAUAGUCCAGGAUUCGGCUGUUUGUAAGCUAGAGUACAGGCCAAAAGUUUGGACGCACCUUCUCUGUACUGUAUAUGAUCGAUGACCUCUCGAGUUAAGACUCUGAAAAAGUUGUUGUUGUUGUUAAAGGUUAGGGUUGGACAUCAUUUAGAUUUUAACGAUUCUGAUUCCAAUUCCGAUUCUUCCUUUUGAUUCAGGUUUGUAUUGAUUCUCGAUUAUGAUUCUUUGAGUGGUGGAGUUAAAAUUAUUAUUUCACAAAUAAGAGUAAAGUUUUAUUUUUAUUCAAAAGGUGGGUUGCAGUUUGAUGAGGCUUUUUCAACGUAAAAUAAAGCCACACUAGAGCACAACUUACUGCAACACAAGCACCUGGUCCCUACGGAAACCAAAACUUGAGCAUGUCAAAUUUGAAACCCAUGAUCAGAUUUGAAACCAAAUCCUCCAAAUGUUUCAUAAUUUCUCCAAGUAGGAAUCUGUUCUCGAUGCCCAACCCUGGGCAUCCAAGUCUUCUCAGGGUUGGGCAUCGAGAACCGAUUCCUACUUGGAAUCGUUACAAAAAUUAUGAUUCCAUCGGAAUUGUGUGUCUAUUCAUAAAUAUUGUGUUCAGACAGCAGUGUUCCACCACUACAAAACCCCCUCCCUUUUUGAUCAUUUCAUAGCUACAUACAAAUUUUUAUUGCUCAUUAUUUUGCUCGUUUUUUCAUUACUCGUUCCUGAGAAGAAAAUCGAAUGACCAAAAGAUGCAAUGACCCUUUAUGAAGACAACUCACCUUCCCUUUCUAAAUAUAGACCACUAGGAUUCAAUACGCUGGUUAUUUAUAGAUGAGCCGUACAUGUGGCUGGACGCUCCAGAGUAGUAGUCACUGUGAUGGUGGCGUAGGGUACACUGAAUUGCAGCCAUUAUGCCGUUCUCAGUGCCACAAUCAGUCCGCAGUCUCAUGGGGAUGACACCGAGGUUUUGCACACAUGACAUGAAAUAGUGAGCAAUCACUGUUGGGUUAUUAUUUGUUGGUCCACAUUCAAGCCACAAUACUUUACGUGAAAAUCCAUCUAUGCAUCCCGAAAUGGCCAAACCGAAUGGCUUAAGUUUGUCAUAACCAUCUGCGAGCCACAUAUAGUUUGGUCCCAUUGAGUGGUAGGUUCUUCUUGUAAACCUUCUGCGUGCUCUGCUCUCACACCCCCGAGGAUUAAGCUCCCGGAGAAAAUUCAUCGCAUCAUCUCUUCACUCGAAGAUUGUACUUUUGUUUAAGUACCUGCCACAUCGUGCGGUAACCAAAUAGUUGUCCAGGUCCACGGAGUUCAGAUCUGAUGGCGUUACUGACGGCGUUUGGCGAGGAAUAACCCUUUCUGCGGUACAACCCGGCUUCGUUCAGUUUACUUUUAAGAGUCCUCAAGCUGACGUUUACACCGUGUAGACUUGACAUCAUGUCCACGGUUACAGCGUACGAGUGGCCCUUGUUAAAAUACUGAACGCAAUGAUGCAGUAUGUCCGGUGUUUCUGUCUGGUCCGCGUCCCAAACUCCAAACACCGACCACACGUAUGGCAAAACCGCGUUAA